AUGUCGGGCCAGAAACACUGGGAGCAAGACAAGGAGGCCACCGUCUAUGUCGGCAACAUCGACGAGCGCGCGACCGAUGCCCUCAUCUGGGAGCUCAUGGUCCAGGCCGGGCCCGUGGUGAACGUCCACCUGCCCAAGGACCGCGUGACCCAGUCGCACCAAGGCUUUGGCUUCGUCGAGUUCAACGGCGAGGUCGACGCCGACUACGCAGCCAAGAUCAUGAAUGGCGUCCGGCUCUACGGCAAGCCCCUUCGCGUCAACAAGGCCUCGGCAGACAAGCAGAAGCCCCUCGAGAUAGGCGCAGAGCUCUUCAUUGGCAACCUGGACCCCAUGGUGGACGAGAAGAUCCUCUACGACACCUUCAGUCGCUUUGGCACCCUCACCGUGCCGCCCAAGGUCGCCCGCGACGACAACGGCCUCAGUAAAGGUUACGGUUUCGUCAGCUACAGCAGCUUCGACGCAAGUGACGAUGCUAUCAACAACAUGAACGGCCAGUUCCUCAUGAACAAGGACAUCAGCGUGCAGUAUGCUUACAAGAAGGACGGCAAGGGCGAGAGACACGGAGACGAGGCAGAACGCAUGUUGGCCGCCGAGGCCAAGAAGCACAAUGUCACCAUCGAAACCCAACCGAUGCCGCCUGCCUAUCACCAGCAGCCCGGCCAGGCUGCGCCGGCAGCUCCCGUUGCUCCCCCCGUCAUGGCAACAGGAGGCUUCGACUCGUCUAUGGGCGCAGGGAUCCCUCCUCGCCAGCCUGCUUUCGCACCCCCUCAUGGUCAUCGACCUCCGCCAGCAGCAUUUGGUGCCAACGGCGGCCCUCCACCACCACCAGCAUUUGGUGCCAACGGUGUCCCUCCUCCGCCCAUGGGUUUACGCGCAAACAACCUACCACCCCCUCCGUCUGGUCUACCAGCUCGGCCACCGCCUGCGCAUGGCGGAUCUGGCAGCCCUGCCGACUUUCACCCUGGCGGCUUCCGUGGCCCUAUCCCUCCCGGUCAGCUGCCUCCGGGUCAGAUGCCUCCCGGCCAGAUACCCCCUGGGCCGAUGCCACCUCCCGGAUUUGGUCGACCGCCAUGGCAGUAA